UUAACAUUUUAUUUUUACUUUUGAAUUUGCGAAGGUUCUCCGUUGUUCUUCCGGGAGACUCUAAGCCGCUAUUGUUCGUCUCCAGUUCAGCUUUCAUCUUGUUCGUUUCAAUUCCAACGAUUUCUUGUUUCCUUUUCCAAUUCACUUCCACCCCCAGAUCCGCCUACUAUAUAUUAUUACUCCUCAAUCUUCACCAAAGUUUUUUCAAUGCCAUGCGGAAUGAACUGAACGUUCAGCUGCCGAAGUUUGACGAUUUCUUUUUGGGGUCUGCCUCCAGUUAAUUGUGCAUUUGGUGGCAGACUAGGGUUUCUGUCAAUCUUCUCCUUGUUUUCGAGAUCAGGCUUCUGAAGCAGCAACAGUAUGGUGGAUGCGGUUCAAAUCUACUACAGUAUUAUUGCGUUUUUUUGCACGGUUGGAGCCAUUGCUCUGGCGGUCCUUCAUAUUUACCGGCAUCUUUUGAACUAUACGGAGCCUACUUAUCAGAGAUAUAUCGUGCGAAUCAUCUUUAUGGUCCCGGUAUAUGCACUGAUGUCCUUCUUGUCUCUUGUUAUACCUUCGAGUUCAAUCUAUUUUAAUUCAAUUCGAGAAGUCUAUGAAGCUUGGGUCAUUUAUAAUUUUCUGUCAUUGUGUCUGGCAUGGGUUGGUGGUCCUGGAGCUGUUGUAAUAAGUUUAAGUGGUCGUGUACUGAAGCCAUCAUGGGGCUUGAUGACGUGUUGUCUUCCUCCUGUACAACUAGAUGGGCGUUUUAUACGGAGGUGCAAGCAAGGCUGUUUGCAAUUUGUCAUUCUGAAGCCUAUACUAGUUGCUGUUACACUUAUUUUAUAUGCAAAAGGGAAGUAUGAGGAUGGAAAUUUCAAUCCAAAACAAUCAUACCUUUAUCUCACCAUCAUCUAUACUAUGUCAUACACAAUGGCUCUUUAUUCAUUAGCAUUGUUUUAUGUGGCAUGCAAAGACUUACUUCAACCAUUUAACCCGGUCCCGAAGUUCAUCAUCAUUAAGUCUGUUGUCUUCUUGACUUACUGGCAGGGCGUCCUCGUUUUUCUUGCUGCAAAAACUCAAUGGAUCAAGAAUGCAGAGGAGGCUGCUCAAUUUCAAGAUUUCCUCAUAUGCAUUGAGAUGCUUAUAGCCGCAUUGGGCCAUCUUUAUGCAUUUCCAUACAAAGAAUAUGCAGGAGCUAACAUUGGUGGUUCGCGUGGUUUCACCGGAAGUCUUGCACAUGCCUUAAAGUUGAAUGACUUUUACCACGAUACAGUCCACCAAUUUGCACCAACUUAUCAUGAUUACGUUCUUUACAACCAUAGUGACGGUGACGAAGGAACGAGGAAGUACCGAUCGCGCACCUUCGUGCCUACCGGCCCCGAAAUGGACACUGUUAGAAGAAACAAACACAUGUUUGCAAACAAGGUAGAGGACAUUCCACUUUCCACAAUCCCUCAGAAUUCCUAUACCGUUCUCGAACCAGCACAUCCCGAUGCAAUGAAGUCAUCUCUUCUCAUGGAUGCCUCUAACUCUUUAUCCACACCGUACGAUAUGUCGCUUAUCGACUUGGAUAUGUCGAGCUACCCCUCGAAAGUUCCUGCAGCAAAUGAAACUGAAACGAGGUGACGAGAAUUGUCGGACAGGUAGGAAAAAAACGAUCGUGUGAGGAACUUAAUACGCAAAGAAAGAUAUAAUACAAAUAGAGAUUUUAGAGAGUAUGUAUGCACACUGGCAUUGCGGCAUAACAGAAAAUUGUGUAGAAUGGCGUGUUCUUCAGUCCAUGGUGAUGUAUAUACAUACAAUACACGAUUCUGAUUUCUUAUGAAUUAGGAUUUGAUACACAAUCAUGCAAUAUAAAUUCAUUUUAAUUACCAUACUGUAAUAUGUGGAGGGAAUAACCUUGAUUUGAAGAAUAUUGGUGUAAUUCCAUUUCAUAAGGGAAAUUAACCUA